UUGAACAUGUUCCCAUCGUUUUCGCCAAGGGUUCUCAGUGCUGGUACUGUAGCCGUAUUCUGCGGUGGACUGAGUUGUUUGAUGCUGGACACGGUCGUACCUGUGUUUAGAAUUCACAAUGGAGCAGGUUCCGGACUUGGGGUUUUGCUUCUUCUAUUUAGCGUUGUAUUGAUGGACGUCAUAAGGUUAGACCCAAGCCCCCACCACACGUGGGCAUCGCUCUUGAAACAGUAUAUAUGGUUGAAGAAAGGUUACAUCAGAGCAUGCUUGACACCCAGCUACCGCCCUAUCCUAAGAGAUGCUAUGCAUCACCAAAGAACCGUUCUAAAAAGUAUUCUCAAGAAGGGUUCUGGAACCGCAUAUGGACGUGAUAACGCCUUUGAUUCUGUAACAUGUCUCGAAGAAUUUCGGUGUCAGCAGGGUCUUACAUCCCACGAGAACUAUGACAUGUACAUCCAGCGUAUGAUACACGGAGAGCCCGAUGUCAUGUUUCCCGGACAGCCUGACUAUUUCACUUUGACUUCUGGUACUUCUUCUGGGAAAAGUAAGCUCUAUCCCAGACAAAUGGCGUGCAAUUUGCAGAUGUUUACCAUUUACAAUAUCCACACACGGAGGGAGCUGCUUAAUAUUCCCAACGUUGGCAAGCUCAAGUUCUGGUUGGACGUGAGGACACCACCGAGUGUCACGAAGUCUCCGAGUGGAGUCAGACAAGGUCCUGCUAGUGGAGCUGGGUCAUUCGUCUGUCGCUUUAGACCAUCACCUGAUGCUGCUUACGAAAUAAGACAGGAGCAUGCGUCUUUAUAUGUCCAUGCAUUGUUUGGUCUGACAUGUAAAGAUGUCACCCUGCUAAGCACCCUCACUGCACCUACAGCUUUGAACUUCUUCAGGCUCAUUGAGACACAAUGGGAAGCCAUGUGUGGUGACAUUGAAAGGGGAAGCAUCUCCGAGUGUCGUGGCCUGGGGGAAGACUUGAGACACAAGCUUCAGAAGCAUCUGACUGCUGAUGCAAGGAGAGCUGGUGAACUAAGACGUAUAUUCAAGGAAGGUUUCCACAAUAUUGGGCCACGAGUCUGGCCAUGUUUGUCAGUGUUGCAUACGGCGUCGUCAGGAGCUUACAUUCCAGCGGCGAAUAUUCUGAGACGAAAGUACAUAAUAGACGUCCCAAUAACCUCCAGCAGACACGUGGCGUCCGAGGGACUGUAUGGCAUCAACAUGGACAUCAGAGACCAGACGAAGACGGAGUAUACCAUCCUGCCUGAACAAGUGUUUUACGAAUUCAUCCACGAACUGGAUGUUGAUCAAGUUAACCCACAGUCGUUGCUGGCUCAUGAGGUGGUUCCUGGGCAGAGUUAUGAGAUGGUUAUUACGAACUGGUCUGGACUGUACAGGUAUAGGACAGGAGACAUCAUCCGCGUUACCAGUUUCACUGGCCAGGCCCCCAACUAUGUUCUACAACAACGGAGGGGAGACGGGUAUGACAAGUACCCAGAGUUCAUGUUCACUGAGGCUGUUUUAAAAGCUUCCAGAGCUUGGACGUCAGGGACGAUGCUCAACUACAUGGCUGCCGGCAACAUCAUCGUUGAGGAACUUACUGGUGAACUAUCCACGACAGCGCACGUGUAUGUCUUCAUCGAACUGAUUGGUGAUGGAGCUUUGACUGAUCGUGAAAAAGAUACGAUCGAUGCAAGUCUUCAAGACACCCAGGAUAGAUACAAACGGUUCCGUUCCAGUGGGAACUAUGCCCCUGCAGCAGUAAUACAAGUGAAGCCUGGGACCUUUGAGGAAGUGAAGCAGAUUCACAUGAAGCUGAACCCUGACCUGUACGCCCAACAGUUCAAGUACCCGAAGUUCAUCAAGCAUAAGGACGUUGUUGCUUGUCUCCUGUCCCACAGAGUCAGGUCUCCCAGCUGACCUGCUGAUCUUCUGACGUGCCUGUUGUGUGCUAAAUCAUGUCAUCUGCUGUUCUUCUUAUAUGCCUAUUGUAUGCUAAACCAAGUCCAUCUGUUGAAAUAUUAAUACAAUUUGGUGUCAAUCUCACUCAACUUCAUUGAU